AUGUGGGUUUCUGUUUUGUUUUUCUCUCUCCCCCCUCUCUCUCUCUUCCCUUUCCCCUUUCUACGUUACCGAUGCUCUAACAUCCGUCACUGUAUUAUCGUGCGUGCCCUCCUUCACGCAUACAGCUGGCAGACAACGAAAAUAUGUCACCGACGCAGUAACCGGCUGGCUGCUGAGACGUGGGACGACCAAAAAGGAAACGGACGAUCGCAGAUAACGAAGAAAGGGCAACGGUGCCAAAUGCCAGCGAAAUCGGUUUUCACUUCGUUGCUGUUAAUUAUAUGUUUCUUCUUUUUUUUUUUUUGGUUUUCGGAGGAGGCGGAGUGUUGUACUCGCAGCAUCAAGUGGUGUGCCAAGUUUUCCUUCUCAACCCGUCUUGUGCUUCGACUGUGGGGGGACUCAAAAGAAUCGAAGACGAAUAAUAACAUUAACAAUAAUAACGGUGCCAAACAGCGUCGAAGAGGAGCAGACGACGAAGCCGUUAACAUGAAAGCGAAAUGA